AUGGUGUCUAUUUUUGUCCUCACAUCCAUGGCUAUCUUGGGAAUUACCACCAUUUCGGGGAUCUUCACAAACUGUGUCAUUGUGUCAGUUAAUCUUGUGGAAAAAGUAAAAGGCAAGAGCCUUGGCUCUUCUGACCUAAUUUUAGUUACACUUGGUCUUUCCAACAUCACAUUCCAAUUUGUCAUGACGACCAACGACUUUCUGAGCCUUCUGUGGAGUGAACUGUACUAUUCAGAUGAAGUGUAUGCCACUUUUAAUGCCUUAUUAUUUUUUCCUAUCUAUGCCAGUUUCUGGUUCACAGUCUGUCUUUGUGUUUACUACUGCUUACAAAUAGUUAUAUUCACCAACCCCUUCUUAUUACGCCUUAAAUCAGAAAUCCCCAAGUUGGUUCCAUGUUUCCUUGUGGCUGCAAUUCUUACUUCUGUGGUUAUUAGUGUUCCAGCUAUAUGGAGCACAUACAGAGAAGUUCCAAGUGAGGAUGUACCUUUCAAUAUGAGUUUGGAAAACAAUGUACCAAAAUUGAGCAUUACCUACUUGCUCCCCACCAACAUUAUUGGCUGCUCAAUCCCCUUAAUUCUUGUGGGUAUUUCAAACAGUCUAAUUCUUAAAUCACUUGGAACCAACAGUAAGAACCUUGAGAAGAUUACAAGCAACACCAGUAGUACACGAACUGGGGCAAGAGAAAGAGCUGCCAGGACUGUUGGCUGGCUCCUAGUGCUCUAUCUAGCAUUCUACAUCUCAGAAAUCAUGAUGUUUGUGGAUCUCUUUCCUCCAAGUAGCAUUGGAUUUUGUAUUUGUUUGAUGGUCAUCUACAUCUACUCCCCGGCACAGUCUGUCAUUCUCAUUCUGGGAAGUCCUAAACUAAGGAAAGCAAUGCAAAGUUUUCUCAAACUUUUACAACAUUGGGACAAUAAGACAAUUGAUAAUCCGGAGAUUCUUUUUGUUAACCUCCAAGUUCACAAAGGCUGCCAGUGA